GAAGCAAAAUCAAAAUCGCCAAUUGCCUGCCUGGCUGCUAGACUGCCUAUUGUCUGGUCCAAAACUGCAACCUUUUUCUUUUAUUAGCAUGUGAUUCAGAGCAUUUGCGUCUCUUUGUUGGGCUGAACGCAAAAACGGACAACUUCGCGUUCUUCGAUCCACGCCGAAUCAUAAUUUAGCGUUAUUAAAUUUCAAUUCUAAAUUUAAGUUUCACCAAAUGUCCCUUCUUUAUUCCCCAAGCGCAAACGCCCAUGCUCCUCUCUUUUUGAAUGCUUCCUCCAUUCCCAUUCCCACGCUAACCAAGCCUCAUUUCGCACCGCCUCCGUCCCACCAUCUUCUUUACUUUUCUUCGAUUCGCAAUCGUUCUUCUUUUGUUCUUCGCUUCUCUUCUCUCUCAGAUAUGGAAACCACAGCAGACCAGGGUCUUUACCCGUUGCACCGUACUAAAACUGUUCACCUGGUGAGGCAUGCUCAAGGGAUUCACAAUGUUGAAGGAGAAAAAGACUUCAGCGCAUAUUUAUCUGAAGCACUGUUUGAUGCUCACCUUACUCCGCUCGGUUGGCAGCAGGUUGAUAAUCUGUGCAAGCAUGUUCGAGAAAGCGGGCUUAACAAGAAAAUUGAAUUGGUCAUUACUUCUCCCUUGCUAAGGACCAUGCAAACAGCAGUUGGAGUAUUUGGUGGUGAAGGGUACGCUGAUGGCAUAGAGGCCCCUCCAUUAAUGGUGGCAAAUGCAGGGGAAAGUAACCAUCCUGCAAUUUCAAGUUUAAAUAGUCCUCCAUUUGUAGCAGUCGAGCUUUGUCGAGAACAUUUGGGAGUUCAUCCCUGUGACAGGAGAAGAAGCAUCAGCGAGUAUAAGCCUCUUUUUCCAGCAAUUGAUUUUUCACUGAUUGAAAAUGAUACUGACGUUUUGUGGACGGCUGACGUCAGAGAGAAGAAUGAAGAAGUUGCAGCUAGGGGGCAGAAGUUCUUGAACUGGUUGUGGAGUCGGAAAGAGAAGGAGAUUGCAGUUGUUACGCACAGUGGAUUCUUAUAUCAUACAUUAAGUGCUUUUGGGAAUGAUUGUCAUCCAUCUGUGAAGAGUGAAAUAUGCACGCACUUUAAGAACUGUGAGCUCCGAUCAGUGGUUAUUAUUGAUAGAAGUAUGAUGGGAUCAGAUCCUGCAACAACCAACUAUUCUGGAAAAAUUCCUAGUGGACUUGAUCUCCCAAGUGAUGUUGCACAGGAGAAGCAUCCAGAGAUAGGCAGUGUCUAAAUAAUCAUUGACCCUGGAGGGAUGAAUACGAUUCUGAUAUCACUACUCCGUAGAAUGUUAAACUCCAAAGUGAUUUAUUAAAUGUAACGUCAAUAACCUAAGAAGUAGGCCAUUCAAAAUUUUGAGAGCUUAGUAGCUCUUUUAGGAAUUUUAAGAUUCUUUUUUAUGUUGAUGCGGACAACAUACGAUGCCUGAGAUUCAUAGGCGCAGAUACUUUUCUACAAUCAAGCCAAGGGUCCAUUUGGUUAUCAGACCCAUUUCAGCCUUUUAUGAUACAGAGAACGAAUAUUUGUGUUUUACUUGAUACUUCCAAGUAUACAUCUUUGAUGUUUUUGAUGG